AUGUUGUUCAAAGUUACUGUGCUCUUUGUUGUCUUGUUGGUUGCCCAUCGCUCCUUGUCGGAGCCAACCCAGAAGCCACGGCAAGUGCUAGGUGGAUUUUCCGAUGUCCCUUUGGAUGAUCCACUAGUUGUGGUGAGUAGAAAAAGAAUCGAGAAAAUUCCGACUUCAACUUAUUCAGUAAUCAAGUAUCCAUAAUUCCAGAGGCUCGCCAAGAAGGCUGUCCACAUUUUCGCGAAGCAAAGCCAUCAGAAGCUAAAGUUCCAUCAAGUGCUCGCUGCUCAAAAACAAAUUGUGAAUGGUGAGAACUACGCCAUCGAUUUGGAGGCCCGUAAUUUGAGUCCGAAUGUUACAAAAGAAGUAAUCCAGUUGCAUGAUUUUGUUCAUGUUCCUUUGAAGGGCGGCAAAAACAGACAUAACGUCACCGAAAUCGUCAAGCAAAAGUAA